ACUUGACCUCCUGAAUUGACCCCAUCUUGGGAAAGGGUUCUGUACGAGCCUAAAGGGAGUUCGUACGGUAAACAAAGGAAAUAUUGUCUAGAUUAUGGCUCACACACGCACACUGUUUUGCAAACUGUGUCUGCAAGCGUCUUUUCAGGCCAGGAGAAUGGGGAGGAGGGGAGUUCCCAUUCCCACUCGUGUACAUCGCCUGAACGCAAACUUUAAAGCCUUUUCAUUAAGCGCCAAGAUGGCGGAAUGGCAGACUAAAGUUCCGGUACCAAAACAAUUACUCGAACCACUAGAUUUGCCGAGCGUUCAUCUCUUUGGGCCUGGCCCGGCUAAUCCAUCAUUACGGACUUACAAUGCGCAUGCAAUGCCGCUAUUGGGACAUCUACAUCCCGAGUUCUGCAAGGUCAUGGACGAAACAAAGGCCGGUUUGAAAUACGUGUUUCAGACCAAUAACGCUUACACGUUGGCCAUCACUGGAUCGGGACAUGCUGCGAUGGAAGCUGCGAUCAUGAACCUUGUAGAACGAGGAGAACGCAUUCUAGUGUGUGUCAAUGGGUUGUGGGGUAACAGAGCGCGCGACAUAGCAGAAAGACAAGGUUUGUUUUCUUGCGAUAAGCACGAAUUAUGUCGUAACACGUGUAGAAAGUCACAAAACGUUAUAUAAACCUUUACUUCGAUUACUGUCUAUUUUGUCAUUUCUUAGUCUUCCAUGGUCUAAGUGAUUCCAUACAUUUAUUGGGCCGAAACUCUGCUGAUGUGUGGUGUAUUGUUUUCAUAACAACAUUAGAUGGGAUGAUAACUUAACAAAGAACCUUUUACAACCUCUACACGUUAUCGACAUGUGACUUCUCCUUACCAUGUCGGCACAUCUCCGACAAACAGAGCAUAGGACUAGACAAACUCGGCAGCUGGAGGGUGUAAUAUUGAUCUGUUGAACACAAGGCAUUGUUUAUUAGCCCUGAGGGAGAUCUGCAAUGCAGAUCUUAGGAAAAAAUAUAGAUUAUCGCUUUGCAUAUUUAAACAGGAGGUUAAAUUCAAGUGCAAAAAAUCUAUUGAUACUCUGAAAAUUUCUUUUUUCUACUGGAAGGACAUAUAUUACUGCCACUAACCUCAACCAUUAGUAUACAUGUAUUCUGCUCCAACAAAAUGUAAGAACAGCACCUUAGAAAGAUAAACAGUGGCUGAUUAUUAACUGAAAUGCCCAUUUGAAAUGGUGAUCUUUUUAUAUCAGCUUUCUAUUGCAUCUUGAUUGUAGCACUGAAGAAGCAUUGUUUUGAAUCCAGGUGAAAUUAUCUUGGCUUUCACUGUACAUGUAGGUCAGAAAGAUCCAAACAGUGAAGACAAAUGAAGAUCAUCGGUGUUAGAGUUUAAGGAAUUAAACAACUAAUAGCAUGUUAUCAUUUACUUGUUUUCCUUAAGGUUGUGAUGUACAGGCCAUUGAAAAGCCUCCUGGAGAAUACCAUACGUAUGCUGAAAUUGAACAGGUGAGUUGCUCUGCCCACCAACUCUUAAGAGCUGAUUGAUAUUUAACCUCUCCUUACAACAUCCAUACCUUUUUCAACAAACAGGUAUUGGGAAAAGAAAAACUUGUCACAUAGUUAGAAGUGUUGCUCUUGAUUUCAUAUCACUUUUUCUUACAAUUAACUUUAAAGAAAUGUAUAGAAGAUGAAAGAAUGAUAUUAAAAAUUAGAUCCUGAGACUCACAGAAUUGAUGUUUUGGCUUUUUUCCUUUUUUUUUUUUUUGCUUUUGAUAGUGUUUGAUUCAGUAAUAGUAAAUCCUAGAUAGCAACUUUAAAUACAUUUAGAUGAUGAAAAAUCUAUUUCUUGUCAUCAAUUUUUUCCAGGGCCUCAAAGACCAUAAGCCUUCAGUGUUGUUUCUUGUUCACAGUGAGUCUUCUUCAGGAAUAUGUCAGCCAUUAGAUGGCAUUGGAGCUUUAUGUCACAGGUAAACAAAGGAAUAAUUAUUAUAAUUGUAUUCAUAUAUUGAAACCCAAAUGUACUGCUUUAGUUGCAGAAUGAGAAUCAUCAAUGGUUGGUUGUUCUAGACUCUGAAUCAAGCAAUUGUGAUUCCAGCUAUUGCUGGGUUUUUUGGGUCACAGAUUCAGGCUCCAGCCCUUCUUGGGCUUUUUGGCUUAAAUUCUUGGUUAAGAAAAUUAAAAUUUAUCUCCUAGUGCCAAUCAUGAUCAACAAGUGAAUGGUACUGGCAUUUUUUCAGGGAAGCUUGACAAUAUUUUAUGAAGUGGGGGGGGAAGAAGGAAGGGGAGGAAGGUAGGGAGAGGGGGGUGGGGGUAGAGAAGCAAUACCCCCAAUUUUUCCUAGCUGUUUCAAGUAUCAAGACAAGGAUGAGCUGUGGCAGCUCCAAAAGUCAGUCUUGCAUGCAGACCCAAGUGAAGUUUACCAGUUAAAGAAUUUACAACUGUCACAGCGAAGUUGUGAGUUUUACAAUCAUAGUGAAAUUAUAUGGGAUCAUUAUCAUCAACCUAAUCAUUAUCACAGGCACAUACAACCUUUGACAUUGUAUGAAAUCAGAGCAGGAAACUGUAGACUUCAUUUGUGUUUGUGAGGCUUAUUCCCUAAAGCCAGCCACAUGGUGAUAUCUUUUGAAAUUGGGACAUUAUAUUUUAGAUAAGAUACAACUGAGCUUGGCCUGAACCUUCUUAUCAUAGCAUUGACUCAUGUAUCUUGAUUAUAGACAUAACUGCUUGAUAAUUGUGGACACCGUAGCAUCUCUUGGUGGUACACCUUUCUUCACUGAUGACUGGGAUCUGGACUGUGUCUAUACAGGCUCUCAAAAGUGUUUAGGGGCACCUCCAGGAAUAUCACCAAUAACCUUCAGUCCUAGAGCCAUGUAAGUUGUCAUUUUAAGCUUGAGAAGUGCUAGUUUUUUCUUGAACUUGGGUGACAAACAGUUCUUUCUAAACUGAGAAUAAUUAUUUUUCUUGCCUAGUUGAUUUGAUCUUUCCUUCAAAAGGCAACCCAUGAGAUUGUCAUUUGAUAAAGCUGCUAAAGAAAGAUAUAAAUGUUUUUUAAUAACUAGCUCAAGUAUAGUCUUCUCUCUUUAGUUUUUAAUUCAAUUCCUUUUCCUUGCUGAAAGGAUUGGUUUCUAAUCUUACUGGUCCUUAAAGCACAUUAAGAUUUUACACACUGGCAUGUAAGACCAUUUAUAAAAAAUAAAAGUAUCCCUCUCUGGUUUGUUGCUGUUUUCAUUGAACGUUUUGUAUCUGUUUAUUUUGUUUUGUUUUUGCAUUUUAUGUCUUAUUGUAGUCAUUGGCAAAUUAUUAGAAACUAUAAAAGAUUUUAUACUUGUCAAGGGAGAUUUUGCACACCUGAAAAUCUUCCUUAAAAAAAUUUGUCACAGUCAUCAGUUUGCCAUUUGUCUUCCUGCUAAAUGGUGCAUAAUGCCUUUGUAUAAUCAAAAUUGUUCAACUUGCCUGUUUAUCUUUAUGCUUCCUAUGGUUUGCUGUUUGUUUAUUUCAGGGCAAAGGUGAACAGCAGAGAACUCAAAGUGCCAUCAUUUUACUUGGAUAUAAAAGAAUUGGGGAAUUACUGGGGAUGUGAUGAAGGGCCAAGAAGGUAGACCUUAAUUCUUGGGAUCAGCUUAAAAUUGUUUUCAGUUCAUAUUCAAACUCAUAUUAGUUAACUAUUGUCUGAUGCAUGUAGUCAUGGCAUAAAGUACUUGCUCAAAUGAGAUUUUUGGUGUUAAGAGCCCCCCACACCAUAUUAUCAGAGCAAAUCCGGAGGAGGGGUCUGGUGGUUUGGGACUACGCUUCCAUUUUCUUCCUUGAGGAUUUUUUUUCUUUAAAUAGAUUUUGUCAUACAAGUAAUGUAGUUUAAAAUGCUUUUUGAGUUAUUAAAACAAUUUUAAGUUUAAAGAAAGAUGUUUUUUGUUGUGUUACAAGCAUGGGACAAAGAAAAAAUUCUGAGUCCCCAUGAGGAAUCAAACCUCAGACCUUCAGAUUCCGCACUCUGAUGCUCUACCACUGAGUCACAGGGACUCUACGGUGAGCGAGGUCUAUUAAGAAGUUCGUAUGACACGUGAUCUGCAUACUGCUAGGAUCAGCAAUGUCGAUAGUGUAAUGUUUUAGGGACUCAGAAUUUUUUUUUUGUCCCAUACUCGUUACAAGACAAAAAACAUCUGUCUUUAUUUCUUUACCAAGCUCAAAAUUUACCAUCUCUCUUAUUUCUAUCUACAAUUUUAAGUUUAUUUGCAGAUGCCCUUUCAUGGGUUGAGAUUUUUUAAAUGGGCUCAAUUGAUAUUUGUCUCACUCAUUUAUGCCCCUUCAUUUCCUGAAACAAUGAAAAAUGAAAAGAGUAAUUACAAAAUUUCAAAGUACAGAUUAUAUGCUGUAUUAGCGCAAUUUUGAAGAAAAAGGCACAAAUCAUUUUAUCAUGGGAAUCAUUUUAAACUGCAAUAGGUGCACCAAAGAUAAAUAGUUAACUUAUUUUUUUGUCCAUUUAUGUAAAAAGUCCUGAUGAUUUAUUAUUGCUGGCAUAAAGUACUGUUUCUUUGUAGUUAAAUUAAUAACUUUCUUGUUUUCGAUUAAAUUGAUAGAUACCACCACACAGGAGCAGUCAGUCUAGUUUAUGCCUUGAGAGAAAGUCUGGCACAGUUAGCAGAAGAGGUAAUUAGUUUCAAGGAAUUAUCAUGGCCAUGUCUUUCUUUGUGAACAUUUGAUAUGUCAUUAAAAAAAUUUUUGUGUUGUUCCAAUAUUGAAUGCAGACAGUUUAAAGAAGAUCUCUUCACCCAUCUCCCUCCUACUCCAAAAUAUAUGAUAGAAAAAAUCUGAAUGUGUAACUGCUGAUUCAAACAUGAUAUGUGCUCCUCCUGUGAAUUGGUGAAAUGAAAAAUAAGACCAAUCAACCGAAGAAACAUUUCAAUUAAACAAAGCUAAGAACGAAAGCCAGAUACUUACCCAGACUGAACACAAGGAAUGUGUCAGGUUUCUUCUGUUAUGUACGUGUAUGAGGAGAACAACGAAAUUGCUUCCUGUACAAGAAUUUGGACGAUAAAUUUGUUCUUUCAAAAAUUAGAUAGCCAGCAAUCAAUAUUUAUUUAUUUAUUUCUCUAGGGACUUGAGAAUUCCUGGAAGCGGCAUCACAACACAAUCGAACACCUGUGGGCUGGACUUGAGGAGAUGGGGUUAAGGAUGUUUGUGAAAGACAAGGUAAAGUUUUUUAAAAAAGGGGUAAGUUACUAAAGAAACUGUGGUGUUGCGUUAAGUGGGAGAGUAUAACAGGGUAAUUUGGUAUUAUCAACUGAGUUGAUAACGUAAAUUGGCCACCGCUAAGAGUUUCAAAGCUGACAUUUCAAGUGUUAUCCCCUUCGUCAGAGCGUUAGCCCUUCGUUCUGACGAAGGGCUCACGAUCGAAAUGUCUGCUUUGAAACUCUUUACGGUGGCCAAUUUACGUUAUCAGCCCAGUUAAUUUAACCAAUUAAUAAAGUUUCUUUAGUUUUGAUUGAGGCAGGAAACGUGUGCUGUCCAGAAACGGAGAUGGCUCUUUCUCUCUCUCUCAGGCAGCUCGGCUACAUUAUAAUAUGACACAGGACUCUUUGAGAAAGUAUGAUCACGGAAAUUUCAAGAAAUUUAUUUUCCAGACAUAUGAAAAGUACCGUUUGGGAAAAUGAAAAGACGUCUGUAGUUUACUCCGUUCUGUAGCAAGCGCUUGAUUAAUGUGAGAAAUUUUUCAAGUGUUAGCUGGGCUAGUUGAAUUUCGUGAUAGGGUAAAUUAAAAGAUGAUUUUAAAUAGUGAUCAGAUAUUCUUAGAGUUCACUACAAAAAAAAAAAAGAAAAAAGAAAACUUAAAUAGAAAGUUGCAAAAUGUUUUCUUUUGCAGGCUAUGCGUCUGCCAACUGUUACAAGUAUUCGAAUUCCUGAAGGAUUCCCAGACUGGAAAGCUGUCCCGACUUAUCUGAUGAAAAAGUGAGUAAGAUCAAUUUUAUUGUUACAUUUAUAAAAGAACUUAUCGAAGGCUGUCAAAAGUGAUGUAAGACCGCGUCACUCUGCUUUUAGAAAACUUGUGUAACACUCUCCACCAAUCAGAUGUAAAAUUUAAAGCAAUCGCGGCAUGGAUACUUUCGUUUUCCCGCGCUUAUGACAGAGUCCUUUUCACUGUUAGUUGUUGGUACCUUUGUACGAUAUUUAUUGUGAGAGACCGAAAAAAAAAUCAAAUCUUUUUUACUUUAUGAGAUGCGCUUAGUCGAAAAGCACUCGUAGAUAGUUUAUCAUAAGGGUGUUUUGCCGCCGGUCACUGAAGCCACCACCUUUCGCUGCAGAAACUGCUAUAUAACUCGGCUUGUAUGGCCCACCUUUCCUUCGCAGCAGAAAUGCGAUAAUUAUACACCCCUAUGGACGUUUUUGUUGAUUGUUGCUGUUCUCUCUCUCUUUCUCUCUCUUUUUUUUUUCCUUUAUUUAUUUAUUUUUCUCUCUCUCUUUCUUCAGACACAAGAUUGAACUCGUCGGUGGCCUGGGCCCAACACUAGGAAAGGUUAGUGGAAUAUCGGCUUUAUACUAAUAGCGUUUUAGAGAAUCUAACAAAGAAAUAAGCGAAAUCGUUCUGCGUUUCGUUAUCAUCUAUAUAUCAUUUCAGCGUCAAGAAACAACAUAUUUUGCGUUACCUUUUUAAAUACGUGUUCUUGUGCUAUCUACAAAUUAUCUCAAGAAGGUAAAUUUUAAACUUACUCUAUUUUUCUUUUGUUCGUUUGUUUGUUUGUUUUAUUUCAUUUUUUAAUUUUUCAUUUUAUCAAGGUAUGGCGAGUAGGAUUCAUGGGACAUAAUUCAUCCCUUGAAAAUGUGGACAAGUUCUUGCGACUUUUCAAAGAGGCGCUGGAAGCUGUGAAAAAUCGCCCAAAAUCUCAGAUUUAAAAAAGAUAUUUGCGAAGCAAAGAAUUUUAGCCGGUGUGGCUAUAAAUGCCGGGAAAAAUAGUCAAGGCAGAAUUGAAAUGUUUGAAAUGGGAAUUUUAUAGCUAUUUAUCAACUGUCACAUGAAAAGAGUCUCUAGGUUAGAAAAGUGUAAAAGCAUUUAUUAAACUCUGUACUUGAG